UGGCACAAACUCCCUCUACCUGUAAGUCCCAAACCCACAUGAAUGCCACAUGAUGAUGACUUCAUUGAUGGCUACUCUCCUCCCCUACUCAUAUUUAUCUUUGCAUCACCACUUCGAUGGAAGCAGAACACCGAGAGGAGGAAGGUAAAAAGACCACCUUUGCACGAGAGGAGAGGAGGAGAGAUGAUUCGAGGGAGCACAAGCCUGAUAGGGGCCGUCAACUUUGUAACGUUCCUGAUAUCGAUCCCCGUGCUGGGCGGCGGUAUAUGGCUGAGCGCCCGGGCCAACUCCACCGACUGCCUCCGCUUCCUGCAGUGGCCGCUCAUCAUCAUCGGCAUCACCAUCAUGGUCAUCUCCCUCAUGGGCUUCGCCGGCGCCUGCUACCGCCUCUCCUGGCUCCUCCGCGCCUACCUCUUCGCCAUGUUCGUCGUCGUGGCCGCCCUCCUCGGCUUCAUCAUCUUCGCCUUCGCCGUCACCGACCGCGGCCGCGGCCAGGUCGUCCUCAACCGCGCCUUCCUCGAGUACCAGCUCGUCGACUACUCCGGCUGGCUCCGGGACCGCGUCGCCAACCCCGGCUACUGGGGCAAGAUCAGCUCGUGCCUGCGCGAGGGCCACGCCUGCGCCGGCAUGGCGCACUACGUCCGCGACCCCACCACCGGCGUGCUGGUGCCCGAGUCCGCCGAUAUGUUCUACCAGAGGCAACUAUCCCCCAUCGAGUCUGGAUGCUGCAAGCCGCCCACCUCAUGCGGCUACACCUACGUGAAUGAGACGUUCUGGAACCCGGUGGCAGGGUUGGCGGUGGAUGACCCCGACUGCAUCCAGUGGAGCAACGACCAGCAGCAGCUGUGCUAUCAGUGCAACUCGUGCAAGGCCGGGGUUCUGGCCAGCCUCAGGCACAGCUGGAGGAAGGUCUCAGUGAUCAACGUCAUCAUGCUCAUCGCCCUUGUCAUCGUCUAUGUCGUCGGAUGCGCUGCAUACAGGAAUGCCAGAAGGGUCGACAACAACGAGGCCUUUGGAGCGACCAGGAUGACCAAAGCUAGGCCAAUCAGGUUCCAGUUUUAGAGCAGGUGUUGGGUUUACUUGCUUUCCUCUACAAUGGAAGCAUCAGGUUUACAAGGAUCUGCUUGCAUUUGUACAUUUAGAGGUUAUUCGAAUUACUCCUCUCCGAGUACAAGACAGUUCACUGAACAAUAUGUUUCUAUUCGAUCUUAGUGAAAUUUGAGUGAAGGGAAUGAAUCAAGAAGACUAAAGGUGA